AUGGGAAGCCCCGCCGUCCCUUCGCUUCCUGCAUCGCUGCGGCACCGACGGCCACGUGGUGUCGGCUCGGCCAACGGGGGAGGAAGCGGAGAAGCGGCUGUGAAGGCCGCGGGGUCCGUCCCGCACCGCGGGGCUGCGGUGGGACACGGCGGGGAUGGGACCCGCACAGCCCCGAGCAGCGAUUCCGGCCCCGGUGCGGAGUCAAACGAGCGGCGGGUCGGUUCCCUCCGGUUCCGGAGCACGAACGGAGCCCGGCCCGAGGCCUCGCCCCCCGCCCCGGGGUUACCGGGGGGUCCCGGGGGCGCUGCGGGAGCUUUGAUCUGCGCUCCCGUCGGGCCGCGCUCCUUCCGUCCGCCCCGUCGGACUUUGGGCCCGAGCAACUGUCAGCGCCCGCACCGCGUCCACCUGCACCGGGACCGCACCGGGACCGCACCGGGACCAGACCGGGAUUACACCGGGAUUACACCGGGAUUACACCGGGACCGCACCGGGGGCUGCGGGAGCCCGACGGUCCCCGACAGCUGCGUGGCCGCGUCCAACACGCAACGUUCCCCGCGCCGCUCCCGCUGCCUCCGUUCUCCGUGCUUCAAACCCACCGACCCCCGACCCCCGACCCUCGCCCACCCGCGGCCCCUCCCGCUCCCGGCGUCACCCCCGUUAGAAGCGAAGCUCCAGCACCGACGGGACGGACCGGAACGGGGCUGCGGCGCCCACUUCCCCCUUCCCGCACGCCCGGACUCGGUCCCCGCAGACCCCUUUGCCGCCCCCCCCCACCCCGUUAUUGGGCUCCCUCGGCCGUGGGCUUCUUCAUUCUGGUUGUUUUUCUUUUCCCAUCCAGCACCCAAGACGUGCAGCCCCAAACAGUUUGCAUGCAAAGAUCAGAUAACGUGCAUAUCUAAGGGCUGGCGCUGCGACGGGGAGAAGGAUUGUCCCGAUGGCUCGGAUGAAUCACCCGAUAUCUGCCCUCAGAGCAAAGUGUCGCGGUGCCAACCCAACGAGCACAACUGCCUGGGCACCGAGCUGUGCAUCCACAUGAGCAAACUGUGCAAUGGGCUCCACGACUGCUUCGACGGCUCGGAUGAGGGGCCGCACUGCAGGGAGCAAUUGGCCAAUUGCACAGCACUGGGCUGCCAGCAUCACUGCGUGCCCACGCUGAGCGGCCCUGCCUGCUACUGCAACAACUCCUUCCAGCUGGCUGAGGACAGGAGGAGCUGCAAAGACUUCGAUGAAUGCACCGUGUACGGCACCUGCAGCCAGACCUGCACCAACACCGAGGGCUCCUACACGUGCAGCUGUGUCGAAGGAUACCUGCUGCAGCCUGACAACAGGUCCUGCAAAGCAAAGAAUGAACCCGUGGAUCGCCCCCCAGUUCUUCUCAUUGCCAACUCCCAGAACAUCCUGGCCACGUACCUGAGCGGAGCCCCCGUCCCCAACAUCACCCCCACCAGCGCCAAGCAGACCACGGCCAUGGACUUCAACUACAUCGAGGACACCGUGUGCUGGGUGCACGUGGGUGACAGCGCGUCCCAAACCAUCCUCAAAUGUGCCAAGAUCCCCAACCUCAAAGGCUUCGUGGAGGAACGAUCCAUCAACAUCUCGCUCAGCCUGCACCACGUGGAGCAGAUGGCCAUCGAUUGGCUGACGGGCAACUUCUACUUUGUGGAUGACAUCGACGAUCGCAUCUUUGUGUGCAAUAAAAACGGCCAAACCUGCGUCACGUUGCUGGACCUGGAGCUCUACAACCCCAAAGGGAUCGCGUUGGACCCCACCAUGGGCAAAGUGUUCUUCACGGACUACGGGCAGAUCCCCAAGGUGGAGCGCUGUGAUAUGGACGGGCAGAACCGAACCAAGUUGGUGGACAGUAAGAUCGUGUUCCCCCAUGGGAUCACGUUGGACCUGGUGAGCCGCCUGGUGUACUGGGCUGACGCCUACCUGGACUACAUCGAGGUGGUGGAUUACGAGGGCAAGAACCGACACACCAUCAUCCAGGGCAUCCUGAUCGAGCACCUCUACGGGCUGACGGUGUUUGAGAACUACCUUUACGCCACCAACUCGGACAACGCCAACGCGCAGCAGAAGACGAGCGUCAUCCGCGUCAACCGCUUCAACAGCACCGAGUACCAGGUGGUGACACGCGUGGACAAGGGGGGAGCGCUGCACAUCUACCACCAGAGACGGCAGCCAACAGGAUAUCAGAGCUGCCCUAUUAUCCCUGCAGAGCCCGAGCACGAGCUGUUCCUGGUCUAUGGCAAAGGGCGGCCGGGCAUCAUCCGCGGGAUGGACAUGGGGGCCAAAGUGCCGGAUGAGCACAUGAUCCCCAUCGAGAACCUGAUGAACCCACGGGCUCUGGACUUCCAUGCAGAAACCAAUUACAUUUACUUUGCUGAUACUACCAGUUUCCUAAUCGGACGGCAGAAAAUUGAUGGCACAGAGAGAGAAACAAUCCUGAAGGACGGGAUCCACAACGUGGAAGGCAUCGCUGUGGAUUGGAUGGGGAACAACCUGUAUUGGACCGACGAUGGACCCAAGAAAACCAUCAGUGUGGCCCGGCUGGAGAAGGCGGCACAGACCAGGAAAACAUUGAUUGAGGGGAAGAUGACCCACCCCAGAGCCAUCGUGGUGGACCCCCUGAAUGGGUGGGCAUGGGGCUGGGGGGGGGGGCAUAUAUGGGCCGCAUAUGGGCUGUAUAUGGGCUGUAUAUGGGCUGUAUAUGGGCUGCAUAUGGGCUGCAUAUGGGAUGCAUGUGGGCUGUAUGUGGGAUGUAUAUGGGAUGUAUAUGGGCUGCAUAAGGGCUGCGUAUGGGCUGCAUAUGGGCUGCAUAUGGGCUGUAUAUGGGCUGCAUAUGGGCUGUGUAUGGGCUGCAUAUGGGCUGUAUAUGGGCUGCAUAUGGGAUUCCAGGCGCUGUUGGCCUGGGUUGCAUAUGGGCUGUAUAUGGGCUGCAUAUGGGCUGUAUAUGGGCUGUAUAUGGGCUGUAUAUGGGCUGCAUAUGGGCUGCAUAUGGGCUGUAUAUGGGCUGUCCUCUUUAUCCCCAUAGUGGGCUCCAAUAAAUGCAGAGUCAACAACGGCGGCUGCAGCAGCCUUUGCUUGGCCACACCACGGGGCCGACAAUGCGCCUGCGCCGAGGAUCAGGUCCUGGGAGCAGACACUGUCACCUGUGAGGCCAACCCCUCCUACAUCCCCCCCCCUCAGUGUCAGCCCGGUGAAUUCGCCUGCAAGAACAACCGCUGCAUCCAGGAGCGUUGGAAAUGCGACGGCGACAACGACUGCCUGGAUAACAGCGACGAGGCGCCCGAGCUGUGCCACCAGCACACUUGUCCCUCGGAUCGUUUCAAGUGUAAGAACAACCGCUGCAUCCCCAACCGCUGGUUGUGUGAUGGGGACAACGACUGCGGGAACAACGAGGAUGAAUCCAACUCUACCUGCUCAGCCCGGACCUGCUCCCCCAAUCAAUUCUCAUGUGCCAGCGGACGCUGCAUCCCCAUCUCCUGGACCUGUGACCUGGAUGAUGAUUGUGGGGAUCGCUCGGAUGAAUCCGCGUCGUGUGCCUACCCCACCUGCUUCCCAUUGACUCAGUUCACCUGCAACAACGGCCGCUGCAUCAACAUCAACUGGCGCUGCGAUAACGACAAUGACUGUGGGGAUAACAGUGACGAGGCGGGUUGCAGCCAUUCCUGCUCCAGCAACCAGUUCAAAUGCAACAGCGGGCGCUGCAUCCCGGUGCAUUGGACCUGCGACGGGGACAACGACUGCGGGGAUUACAGCGACGAGACUCACGCCAACUGCACCAACCAGGCCACGCGCCCACCCGGGGGCUGCCACACGGAUGAGUUCCAAUGCCGCCUGGACGGGCUGUGCAUCCCCAUGCGCUGGCGCUGCGACGGCGACACCGACUGCAUGGACUCCAGCGAUGAGAAGAACUGCGAGGGGGUGACCCACGUGUGCGACCCCAACGUCAAGUUUGGCUGCAAGGACUCGGCCCGUUGCAUCAGCAAAGCGUGGGUCUGCGAUGGGGACAGCGAUUGUGAGGAUAAUUCAGACGAGGAGAACUGCGAGUCGUUGGUGUGCAAACCUCCCUCGCACACCUGUGCCAACAGCACCUCCAUCUGCCUCCCCCCCGAGAAGCUUUGUGACGGAGCCGAUGACUGCGGGGACGGCUCCGAUGAGGGGGAGCUGUGCGAUCAGUGCUCUCUGAACAACGGCGGCUGCAGCCACAACUGCACCGUAGCCCCCGGGGAGGGCAUCGUGUGCUCCUGUCCCCUGGGGAUGGAGCUGGGGACGGACAACAAGACCUGCCAGAUCCAGAGCUACUGCGCCAAGCACCUCAAGUGCAGCCAGAAAUGCGAGCAGGACAAAUACAACGUCAAGUGCUCGUGUUACGAGGGCUGGAUGCUGGAGCCCGAUGGCGAGAGCUGCCGCAGCCUCGACCCUUUCAAACCCUUCAUCAGAGGUGGGACAUGCAGCCUCAGCCCCACUGCUCUGCGCCCCACAGCUCUGACCAGCUUCGAGGUGGUGAUCCAAUACGGCUUGGCCACCCCAGAGGGUCUGGCGGUGGAUUGGAUCGCAGGCAACAUCUAUUGGGUGGAGAGCAACCUGGACCAGAUCGAGGUGGCCAAACUGGACGGCACCAUGCGCACCACGCUGCUGGCCGGGGACAUCGAGCACCCCCGGGCCAUCGCAUUGGACCCCCGCUAUGGGAUCCUGUUCUGGACGGACUGGGACGCCAGCCUGCCCCGCAUCGAAGCCGCCUCCAUGAGCGGUGAGGGCCGACGCACCAUCCACAAGGAGACGGGCUCUGGGGGGUGGCCCAAUGGGCUCACAGUGGAUUACCUGGAGAAGCGCAUCCUCUGGAUUGAUGCAAGGUCGGACGCCAUCUACUCAGCCCUAUACGAUGGCACGGGGCACAUCGAGGUGCUGCGGGGCCACGAGUACCUGUCCCACCCCUUUGCCGUCACCCUCUAUGGGGGGGAGGUCUAUUGGACCGACUGGCGAACCAACACCUUGGCCAAGGCCAACAAAUGGACGGGGCACAACGUGACGGUGGUGCAGAGGACCAACACGCAGCCCUUCGACCUGCAGGUUUACCACCCCUCCCGGCAGCCCCUGGCCCCCAACCCCUGCGAAGCCAAUGGAGGCAAAGGGCCGUGCUCCCACCUCUGCCUCAUCAACUACAACCGCACGCUGUCCUGCGCCUGCCCCCACCUCAUGAAGCUGGAUAAGGACAACACCACGUGUUAUGAGUUCAAGAAGUUCCUGCUGUACGCGCGGCAGAUGGAGAUUCGGGGGGUGGAUAUCGAUAAUCCUUAUUACAACUACAUCAUCUCCUUCACCGUCCCCGACAUCGACAACGUCACCGUGGUGGAUUACGACGCCGUGGAGCAGCGCAUCUAUUGGUCCGACGUGCGCACGCAGACCAUCAAAAGAGCCUUUAUCAACGGCACCGGCGUCGAGACCGUCGUGUCUGCAGACCUGCCCAACGCUCACGGCCUGUCUGUGGAUUGGGUUUCCAGAAACCUCUUCUGGACCAGCUACGACACCAACAAGAAGCAGAUCAACGUGGCGCGGUUGGACGGCUCCUUUAAGAACGCCGUCAUCCAGGGCUUGGAUAAACCCCACUGCCUGGUGGUGCACCCCAUCCAUGGGAAGCUCUAUUGGACCGAUGGGGACAACAUCAGCGUAGCCAACAUGGAUGGCAGCAACCGCACGCUGCUCUUCACCAACCAGAAGGGCCCUGUUGGCCUGGCUAUUGAUUACCCCGAGAGCAAACUCUACUGGAUCAGCUCCGGCAACGGCACCAUCAAUAGAUGCAACUUGGAUGGCAGCGACUUGGAGGUGAUUGUGGCACUGAAGAGCCAGCUGAGCAAGGCCACUGCAUUGGCCAUCAUGGGGGACAAGCUGUGGUGGGCUGACCAGGCCUCGGAGAGGAUGGGAACCUGCAACAAGAAGGACGGGACGGAGGUGACGGUGCUGCGUAACAGCACCACGUUGGUGAUGCACAUGAAGGUGUACGAUGAGAGCAUCCAGCAGGCUGGGAGCAACCCCUGCAGCGUGAACAACGGCGACUGCUCGCAGCUUUGCCUUCCCACCUCGGAGACCUCCCGUUCCUGUAUGUGCACUGCUGGGUACAGCCUGAAGAGCGGGCAGCAGUCCUGCGAGGGUGUCGGCUCCUUCCUCCUUUACUCCGUCCACGAGGGGAUCCGUGGAAUUCCUUUGGACCCCAAUGACAAAUCAGACGCCCUGGUUCCGGUGUCGGGGACCUCUCUGGCUGUGGGCAUUGAUUUCCAUGCAGAGAACGACACCAUCUAUUGGGUGGACAUGGGGCUGAGCACCAUCAGCCGUGCCAAGAGGGACCAGACGUGGCGCGAGGACGUGGUCACCAACGGCAUCGGGCGCGUGGAGGGCAUUGCUGUGGAUUGGAUCGCGGGGAACAUCUACUGGACGGAUCAGGGCUUUGAUGUCAUCGAGGUGGCCAGGCUCAAUGGGUCCUUCCGCUACGUGGUCAUCUCGCAGGGCCUGGAUAAACCACGGGCCAUCACUGUGCACCCAGAGAAGGGGUAUCUGUUCUGGACGGAAUGGGGGCAGUACCCCCGCAUCGAGCGCUCGCGCCUGGAUGGCACCGAGCGGAUGGUGCUGGUCAAUGUCAGCAUCAGUUGGCCCAAUGGGAUAUCAGUGGAUUAUGAGGAUGGGAAGCUGUAUUGGUGUGAUGCGCGGACAGACAAGAUCGAGAGGAUCGACCUGGAGACGGGCGAGAACCGCGAGGUGGUUUUAUCCAGCAACAACAUGGACAUGUUCUCCGUGUCCGUCUUCGAGGAUUACAUCUACUGGAGCGACAGGACUCACGCAAACGGCUCCAUUAAGAGAGGCAGCAAAGACAACGCCACCGAGUCGGUGUCCCUGCGGACGGGCAUCGGCGUGCAGCUCAAGGACAUCAAAGUCUUCAACCGCGCACGGCAGAAGGGUACCAACGUUUGUGCUCAGAACAACGGCGGCUGCCAGCAGCUCUGCCUGUUCCGCGGCGCCGGGCAGCGGACGUGUGCCUGCGCCCAUGGGAUGCUGUCAGAGGAUGGAGUCAGCUGCCGCGACUACGACGGCUACCUGCUGUACUCGGAGCGCACCAUCCUCAAGAGCAUCCACCUGUCGGACGAGAACAACCUCAACGCCCCCAUCAAACCCUUCGAGGACGCCGAGCACAUGAAGAACGUCAUCGCUUUGGCCUUCGAUUACCGCUACGGCACCAAAGGCAGCAACCGCAUCUUCUACAGCGACAUCCACUUCGGGAACAUCCAGCAGAUCAACGACGAUGGAACGGGACGUAAAACCAUCGUGGAGAAUGUUGGGUCAGUGGAGGGGCUUGCUUAUCACAGAGCUUGGGACACUCUAUAUUGGACCAGUUCAACCACCUCCACCAUCACCCGUCACACUGUGGAUCAGAGUCGUUUGGGGGCCUUCGAGAGGGAGACAGUGAUCACCAUGUCAGGGGACGACCACCCGCGUGCCUUCGUGCUCGAUGAGUGCCAGAACCUGAUGUUCUGGACCAACUGGAAUGAGCAGCACCCCAGCAUCAUGCGUGCCACCCUGUCCGGUGCCAACGUCCUCAUCAUCAUCGACCAGGACAUCCGCACGCCCAACGGGUUGGCCAUCGACCACAGGGCUGAGAAGAUUUAUUUCUCUGAUGCCACGUUGGACAAGAUCGAGCGCUGUGAAUACGACGGGUCCCAUCGCCACGUGAUCCUGAAGUCAGAACCCGUGCACCCCUUUGGCCUGGCUGUUUAUGGGGAUUACAUCUUCUGGACGGACUGGGUGCGCCGUGCCGUGCAGAGAGCCAACAAAUACGUGGGCACUGACAUGAAGCUGCUGCGUGUGGACAUCCCCCAGCAGCCCAUGGGCAUCAUCGCUGUGGCCAACGACACCGACAGCUGUGAGCUGUCCCCGUGCAGGGUGAACAAUGGCGGCUGCCAGGACCUGUGCCUGCUCACCCCCAAAGGACACGUCAACUGCUCGUGCCGCGGCGAGCGCGUCCUGCAGGAGGAUUUCACCUGCAAAGCUCUGAACUCCACCUGCAACGUGCACGAUGAGUUUGAAUGCGGCAACGGCGACUGCAUCGACUUCAGCCGGACAUGCGACGGCGUGGUGCACUGCAAGGACAAGUCGGAUGAGAAGCAGUCCUACUGCAGCAGCCGCAAAUGCAAGAAGGGUUUCUUGCACUGCAUGAACGGGCGCUGCAUCGCCAGCCGCUUCUGGUGCAACGGGGUGGACGACUGCGGGGACAACUCGGACGAAGUGCCGUGCAACAAAACCAGCUGCGCUGCCACCGAGUUCCGUUGCCGCGAUGGGAGCUGCAUCGGGAACUCGAGUCGUUGCAAUCAGUUCAUCGACUGCGAGGACGCAUCGGAUGAAAUGAACUGCACCGCCACCGACUGCAGCAGUUACUUCAAGCUGGGGGUGAAGGGCACCACGUUCCAGAAGUGUGAGCACACGUCGCUGUGUUACGCUCCCAGCUGGGUGUGCGACGGGGCCAACGACUGCGGGGAUUACUCCGACGAGCGCAACUGCCCCGGUGGGAGGAAGCCCAAAUGCCCGGCCAACUACUUUGCCUGCCCCAGCGGGCGCUGCAUCCCCAUGACGUGGACCUGCGAUAAAGAGGAUGACUGCGAGAAUGGAGAAGAUGAGACGCACUGCAGUGAGCGGCAGGACAAGUUCUGCUACCCCGUGCAGUUCGAAUGCAACAACCACCGCUGCAUCUCCAAGCUGUGGGUGUGCGACGGGGCCGACGACUGCGGGGACGGCUCCGACGAGGACAGUCGCUGCCGGCUGACCACGUGCAGCACGGGGUCCUUCCAGUGCCCGGGUACGUAUGUGUGUGUGCCGGAGCGCUGGCUGUGCGAUGGGGACAAGGAUUGCGCCGAUGGGGCCGAUGAGACCCUCGCUGCUGGUUGCUUGUACAACAACACCUGCGACGAGAGGGAGUUCAUGUGUGGGAACAGGCAGUGCAUCCCCAAGCACUUUGUGUGCGACCACGACGACGACUGCGGCGACGGCUCCGACGAGUCCCCGGAGUGCGAGUACCCAACCUGCGGCCCCCACGAGUUCCGCUGCGCCAACGGCCGCUGCCUCAGCAACAGUCAAUGGGAAUGUGAUGGGGAGUUUGACUGCCACGACCACUCGGAUGAGGCGCCCAAGAACCCGCGUUGCAGCAGCCCAGAGAGCAAAUGCAACGACUCCUUCUUCAUGUGCAAGAACGGGAAGUGCAUCCCGGAGUCUCUGCUUUGCGACAACAACAACGACUGCACCGACGGCUCCGACGAGCUCAACUGCUUCAUCAACGAGUGCCUCAACAAGAAGCUGAGCGGCUGCUCCCAGGAGUGCGAGGACCUCAAGAUCGGCUACAAGUGCAGAUGCCGUCCUGGCUUCAGGCUGAAGGACGAUGGGAAGACGUGCAUCGACAUCGACGAGUGCUCCACCACCUACCCCUGCAGCCAGAAAUGCAUCAACACGCUGGGGAGCUACAAGUGCUUGUGCAUUGAGGGCUACAAGCUCAAACCCGACAACCCCACCAGCUGCAAGGCCGUCACUGACGAGGAGCCCUUCCUCAUCUUUGCCAACCGCUAUUACCUGCGCAAGCUCAACCUGGACGGCUCCAACUACACUCUGCUCAAGCAGGGCCUGAACAACGCCGUAGCUCUGGAUUUCGACUAUCGGGAGCAGAUGAUCUAUUGGACAGACGUCACCACGCAGGGCAGCAUGAUCCGCCGCAUGCACAUCAACGGCAGCAACGUUCAGGUUCUGCACCGAACCGGGCUCAGUAACCCCGAUGGGUUGGCAGUGGACUGGGUUGGGGGCAACCUGUACUGGUGUGAUAAAGGCAGGGACACCAUUGAAGUGUCGAAGCUGAACGGGGCGUACCGCACCGUGCUGGUGAAUUCAGGGCUACGUGAGCCCAGGGCGCUGGUGGUGGAUGUGCAGAAUGGUUACCUGUACUGGACAGACUGGGGAGACCACUCAUUGAUUGGGAAGAUUGGAAUGGAUGGCACCAACCGCAGCGUCAUCGUCGACACCAAGAUAACGUGGCCCAACGGCCUCACCCUCGACUACAUCAACAGCCGGAUCUAUUGGGCUGAUGCUCGGGAGGAUUACAUUGAGUUUGCCAGCCUGGACGGCUCCAACAGGCACACGGUGCUGAGCCAGGACAUCCCGCACAUCUUCGCCCUCACCCUCUUUGAGGAUUAUAUCUACUGGACCGACUGGGAGACCAAAUCCAUCAACAGAGCCCACAAGACCACGGGAGCCAACAAGACUCUGCUGAUCAGCACUCUGCAUCGCCCCAUGGACAUCCACAUCUACCACCCCUACCGGCAGCCUGACGUUCCCAACCACCCCUGCAAGACCAACAACGCCGGCUGCAGCAACCUCUGCCUCCUGUCGCCGGGUGGGGGGCACAAAUGUGCGUGUCCCACCAACUUCUACUUGGGCAGCGAUGGCAAAACCUGCGUCUCCAACUGUACGGCCAGCCAGUUUGUCUGCAAGAACGACAAAUGCAUCCCUUUCUGGUGGAAAUGCGACACAGAGGACGACUGCGGGGACCGCUCUGAUGAGCCCGAGGACUGUCCCGAGUUCAAGUGCAGACCAGGCCAGUUCCAAUGCUCCACCGGGAUCUGCACCAACCCGGCCUUUAUCUGUGAUGGAGAUAAUGACUGUCAGGACAACUCGGACGAGGCCAACUGUGAUAUCCACGUCUGCCUGCCCAGUCAGUUCAAAUGCACCAACACCAACCGCUGCAUCCCCGGCAUCUUCCGCUGCAACGGUCAGGACAACUGUGGGGAUGGAGAGGACGAGAAGGACUGUCCCGAGGUGACGUGUGCCCCCAACCAGUUCCAAUGCGCCAUCACCAAGCGCUGCAUCCCCCGCGUCUGGGUGUGCGACCGCGACAACGACUGCGUGGACGGCUCCGACGAACCCGCCAACUGCACACAAAUGACGUGCGGCGUGGAUGAGUUCCGCUGCAAGGACUCCGGAAGGUGCAUCCCAGCACGUUGGAAAUGCGACGGGGAGGAUGAUUGUGGGGAUGGGUCUGAUGAGCCCAAGGAGGAAUGCGACGAACGUACCUGCGAGCCCUACCAGUUCCGCUGCAAGAACAACCGCUGCGUGCCGGGCCGCUGGCAAUGCGACUACGACAACGACUGCGGGGACAACUCGGACGAGGAGAGCUGCACACCUCGGCCCUGCUCGGAGAGCGAGUUCUCAUGUGCCAAUGGCCGCUGCAUCGCCGGGAGGUGGAAGUGUGAUGGAGACCACGACUGUGCGGAUGGAUCUGAUGAGAAAGACUGCAUACCCCGCUGUGAGUUCGACCAGUACCAGUGCAAGAACGGGCACUGCAUCCCCAUGCGCUGGCGCUGCGAUGCUGAUGCCGACUGCAUGGAUGGCACUGAUGAGGAAGACUGUGGUACUGGAGUGCGCACCUGCCCCCUGGACGAAUUCCAGUGCAACAACACUCUGUGCAAACCACUGGCCUGGAAAUGUGAUGGAGAGGACGACUGCGGGGACAACUCGGACGAAAACCCUGAGGAGUGCUUGAAAUUCCAGUGUCCCCCCAACAGACCGUUCCGCUGCAAGAACGACCGGGUAUGUCUGUGGAUCGGUCGGCAGUGCGAUGGCAUUGACAACUGUGGAGACAACACUGAUGAGAAGGACUGCGAGUCCCCCACGGCCAAGCCCAAGAGCUGCAGCCAGGACAAGAACGAGUUCCUGUGCGAGAACAAGAAGUGCAUCAGCGCCAACCUCCGCUGCAACUUCUUUGAUGACUGCGGGGAUGGCUCUGAUGAGAAGUCCUGCUCUCAUGAGCACAAGUCGUAUGACUGUAUGACCAACGCCACCAUGUGUGGAGAUGAGGCCCAGUGCAUCCAGGCGCAGUCCUCCACGUACUGCACGUGCCGCAGAGGCUUCCAGAAGGUGCCAGACAAGAAUUCCUGUCAAGAUGUCAAUGAGUGUCUGCGCUUCGGGACCUGCUCCCAGCUCUGCAACAACACCAAGGGCUCCCACGUCUGCAGCUGCGCCAAGAACUUCAUGAAGACCGACAACAUGUGCAAGGCAGAAGGUUCAGAGCACCAGAUCCUCUAUAUUGCGGACGACAACAAGAUCAGAAGCAUGUACCCCUUCAACCCCAACUCAGCCUACGAGCCGGCCUUCCAGGGCGACGAGAACGUGCGCAUCGAUGCCAUGGACAUUUACGUCAAGGGCAACAAGAUCUACUGGACCAACUGGCACACGGGCAGGAUCUCAUACUGCGAGCUGCCCGCCUCCUCUGCUGCCUCCACCGCCUCCAACCGCAACCGGCGCCAGAUCGACGGCGGUGUCACCCACCUGAACAUCUCCGGGCUGAAGAUGCCGCGGGGUAUUGCUGUUGAUUGGGUCGCUGGGAACAUCUAUUGGACGGACUCCGGGCGGGAUGUCAUCGAGGUGGCGCAGAUGAAAGGCGAGAAUCGCAAGACGCUGAUCUCGGGCAUGAUUGAUGAGCCCCAUGCCAUUGUGGUUGAUCCACUUAGGGGGACUAUGUACUGGUCAGACUGGGGCAAUCACCCCAAGAUCGAGACGGCCGCAAUGGAUGGGACGCUGCGCGAGACGCUGGUGCAAGACAACAUCCAAUGGCCAACAGGUCUGGCUGUGGACUACCACAACGAGCGGCUGUACUGGGCUGACGCCAAGCUGUCCGUCAUCGGCAGCAUCCGGCUCAACGGCACCGACCCCGUCGUGGCCAUCGACAACAAGAAGGGGCUGAGCCAUCCCUUCAGCAUCGACAUCUUUGAGGAUUACAUCUACGGCGUCACCUACAUCAACAACCGCAUCUUCAAGAUCCACAAAUUCGGGCACAAAUCCGUCACCAACCUGACGUCCGGCCUCAACCACGCCACCGACGUGGUGCUCUACCACCAGUACAAGCAGCCGGAGGUGACCAACCCCUGUGACCGUAAGAAGUGUGAGUGGCUCUGUCUGCUGAGCCCCAGCGGCCCCGUCUGUACCUGCCCCAAUGGCAAACGCCUGGACAACGGCACCUGCGUGCUCAUCCCCUCCCCAACCGCGUCUGCUGUGGUGCCCACCACCGACACGUGCGACCUGGUGUGUCUGAACGGGGGCAGCUGCUUCCUGAACGCCCGCAAACAGGCCAAGUGCCGCUGCCAGCCGCGCUACAACGGGGAGAGGUGCCAGAUCAACCAGUGCUCUGAUUACUGCCAGAACGGGGGGCUGUGCACCGCGUCCCCAUCCGGCAUGCCCACCUGCCGCUGCCCCACCGGCUUCACGGGGUCCCGUUGCGACCAGCAGGUUUGCACCAAUUACUGUCAGAACAACGGGAGCUGCACGGUGAACCAGGGCAACCAACCCAACUGCCGCUGCCCGGCCACCUUCAUCGGGGACCGCUGCCAGUACCAACAAUGCUUCGACUACUGCGAGAACAACGGCGUGUGCCAGAUGAGCAGGGAUGGCAGCAAGCAGUGCCGCUGCCCGCCGCAGUUCGAGGGCUCUCAAUGCCAGGAGAACAAAUGCUCCCGGUGCCAGGAGGGGAAAUGUAACAUCAACAGGCAGAGCGGGGAGGUGUCCUGCAUGUGCCCCGUGGCACAGAUGGCACCGAGCUGCCUGACCUGCGACAGCUACUGCCUGAACGGCGACUGCUCCAUCAGCGACAAGACGCAGCUGCCCCAGUGCCUGUGCCCUAUGGAUGUGACGGGGCCGCGCUGUGAGGAGUUCAUCGUGGGGGAGCAGCAGAGCAGCCGAACCGCCUCCAUCGUCAUCCCCAUCCUGCUGCUGCUGCUCCUGCUGGCCGUGGUGGCCUUUGCCUGGUACAAGUGGAGGAUUAAAGGUGCCAAGGGCUUCCAGCACCAACGAAUGACCAACGGGGCCAUGAAUGUGGAGAUUGGGAACCCGACCUAUAAAAUGUACGAGGGGGAACCCGACGACGACGUGGGGGAGCUGCUGGACGCUGACUUCGCCCUGGACCCUGACAAGCCCACCAACUUCACCAACCCUGUGUACGCCACCCUGUACAUGGGGGCCCACAGCAGCAGAAAUUCCUUGGCCAGCACCGAUGAGAAACGGGAGCUGCUGGCGCGUGGGGCAGACGACGACCUGACCGACCCCCUGGCAUAGUGUGUGUUGGGGGGGGGGAAGGAGCAGGUAAU